AUGACCAGCAAAGAGCACGGCCCCCAACCUGUUGAGCACAACGAAGUCGGCUUCUCCAAGGGCUUUGACUACUCGGAUAAGAAUCAGGAUGACGCGAGCAGGUUCAUCGGACAGCUCGGCGGCGUUACUGAGUAUUCUGCUCAAGAGGCCAAUCGUGUGCGGUGGAAGCUGGACCUCAUCCUGCUGCCCAUGAUGACCAUCACCUAUCUCCUGUCGUUCAUGGACAAGGUUGCUCUCAGCCAAGCGUCCAUCUUUGGUAUUUUAAAGGACAACGUCAGUAACCCCUUCCCCCCCCAUCCAUCCUCUCCCACUCACACCGCUACCCAGCACCUCACCGGCACCGACUACAGCUGGGCCAGCGCCGUCUUCUACUUUGGUUACCUCGCCGCCCAGUACCCGUGCGCCCUUCUCAUGCAGAAGCUGCCCACCGGCCGGUACUUUGGCGCCAUGGUCGUCGGCUGGGGCGUCGCCACCACCGCGCAGGCGGCCACCACCUCCUUCGCCUCGCUCGCCGCCUGCCGCUUCGUCCUCGGCGCCUUCGAGACGUGCAUCUCGCCCGUGCUGACCAUCCUGGUCGGCCAGUACUGGACGCGCCGCGAGCACCCGCUGCGGGCGACCGCGUGGUGGGCCGGCGCGGGCAUCGGCGGCUUUGUCGCGGACGGCGUGACGUACGCCGUCUCCGGAGGAGGUUUCGACGGCGGGCGCUACGCGACCUGGCAGCUCAUUUUUCUCAUCUUUGGUCCGAUAUCCAUCGCCUGGGGCGUGUUUCUCUUCUUCGCGCUGCCCGCGUCUCCCAUGACCGCGUGGUUCCUGACGGAGCGGGAGCGAGAAGUCGCCGUGCUUCGAGUCAUUGAAAACCACACGGGUAUCGAGAAUCGCCGGUACAAGGGCUAUCAGGUCCGGGAGGCGCUGCUGGACCCCCAGUUUGGCAAGAUUGUCAUCACCGGACUCGGGUACAGCGACAGGGAGGCCGUCAUAAUGUCGUUCCCCUGCGACGCCGUCCAGCUUGUCUCCGUCGUCUCGGCCGGACUCAUCGCGCAGGCCAUUCCGAACGUGCGAAUCGCGACCAUGGUGUUCACAAACGUCAUCGUCUUAAUCGGGAGUGUCCUCGUGGAGAAACUGCCGGCGAGCCAUUCCCUCGGACCAAUGUUCAUCUUGUACGUCAACACCGUGCCGUACAUCAUGUGCAUGAGUCUCGUCGCCUCCAACAUCGGCGGCUUCACCAAGAAGGCGACCGCGGCCGUCAUGAUGUUCAUGUCCUACAGCGUGGGCCAGAUUUCCGCGCCGCACUUCUUCCUUGCCCGCGAGAAGCCGCGGUACCCGACUGGCUUCCGCGCCUUCUACGUGUCCCUGGCGCUCAUGAUUGCGGUCGAGCUCCUUCUCGCGCUGUAUCUGUGGAAGGCAAACGGGAAGAAAGAAAAGGCUCAGGCGGCGGGUACUCAGCAGAACCCUGCUGCGGAUGGGCUGUCGGCUGACUUUGCAGACCUCACGGAUAAGGAGCAUCCGGAGUUUCGCUAUGUAUUUUGA